UAAAUUCCAAAUUAUACCAUUUUAAUUUCAUCUUUUAUUUCAAACCCUUAUGUACUAAACUCCCUUUUAGUGGCUCCGCCACUGCCCGUCGCCCCUCUUCUUGUGCGGAUGUGAGAUCUCGCCGGAGCCAGGGAUUUGUACUUGAAGAAACCCAAAAACCCAUUUCCCUCACUCACUCACUCGUUUUCUCACAUGGCGGCCUUGUGUCGCCUCUCCCGCUCCAGCCGCAGACUCCUCUCCCUCUCUCUUUCCCACUCUCCGUCAUCUCGUUACCCUAACCCCAAUUUUUAUCCACCCUUGUUUCCCAUCCCCUAUUCUAAUUCCAACUCCAAUUUCAAUUUCAACUUCAACUUCUUGGACCAUAAUCUCAUUCUUAAACCAUUCCACCAUUUUGCAUCAGGCCAUACAUCCUUCUUAUCUGCCUAUUCUACCGUACCUCAAAGCUCGAAUCAUCCGAAUGCGGGUAAAGACGACGACAAUGUUGAUAAGAAGAAACUGACGGCUGAGAUUUCUUGGGUUGACUUGUAUUUACCGCAUCGAAUUCAGCCCUAUGCUAAGCUUGCUCGGUUAGAUAGACCAAUUGGUACUUGGUUGCUUGCUUGGCCUUGUAUGUGGUCCAUUACCUUGGCAGCAGAUCCAGGAAAUCUUCCUGAUAUUAAGAUUCUGGCUCUAUUUGGUUGUGGGGCUUUUCUCCUACGAGGAGCUGGUUGUACUAUAAAUGAUCUCUUUGAUCAGGAUAUUGACGUGAAGGUGGAACGUACUAAGCUACGACCAAUUGCCAGUGGUCUUUUGACUCCAUUUCAAGGGAUUUCUUUUCUAGGUGUGCAACUUCUAUUGGGUCUUGGAAUUCUCCUUCAGCUGAAUAAUUACAGCCGCAUUCUGGGAGCUUCAUCCUUGCUUCUAGUCUUCUCAUAUCCCCUCAUGAAGAGGCUGACAUUUUGGCCACAGGCAUACCUUGGGUUGACCUUUAACUGGGGAGCGCUGUUGGGAUGGUCUGCUGUCAGAGGAAGUUUAGACCCACUUAUUAUUUUCCCAUUGUACCUCUCUGGUGUUUGUUGGACUUUGGUCUAUGAUACUAUCUAUGCACACCAGGAUAAAGAAGAUGAUAUGAAAGUAGGUGUAAAAUCUACAGCCUUGAGGUUUGGGGACUUAACGAAAAAAUGGCUAGGUGGGUUUGGAUUUGUAUGCACCAGCAGUCUCGCUCUGAGUGGAUUCAAUGCAGAUUUGGGAUGGCCAUAUUAUGCAUGUUUGGCUGCUGCAUCUGGGCAGAUAGCAUGGCAGAUUUUUACAGUUGAUUUAUCAAAUCGUGAUGACUGCAAUAGGAAGUUCGUUUCAAAUAAAUGGUUUGGUGCUCUCAUCUUUAGCGGUAUCUUGUUUGGAAGACUAGCCUCAUAGCUUGUAUAAUGGAGGAUAUGAAUUACGAAUAACCUGAAGUUCACUAGCCAUUCAUUGCUUGGAGAAGAGGGGGAAUGUCAAAAGUUGCUAGGCUCUCCUCUUCUUCGGUAUUGGAUUGAUCAGUGUUAUCUCAAUUUGGUCGGAGCUUUGUAUAGAAUGUUGUGAACUAGUGGUUUCUUCCAGGAUUCGUGGGCAUUUCUGAAACUCGUGUGCGCGCUACGCAGUCCCUAUAACACUUUAGGCUCAUCAGAAUGAAUUUGUGGUUCUGCCUCACAGAGUCGCAGUAAUACUUGUUUCCAGGCAUAUUAGCCAUCCUGCUGACCUGGUGUCUACAUUGAUCGAAUAAGCCGCCUGCAGUCCUGUCCCAUAUAUGUCUGGCUGAAGUAUAAAAUUGCACUACUAUGAAUCAUGAUUAUGACUCAUGAUCUGUUUUGGAUUCCUUAGUUUCUGGAAGAAUGUCGUAGUCGUGGGCUCGUGGCCAUGUCUUACCUGUAAGAUCAGAAUCAUUAUGGCUCAAUCAAACUCGUUCAGCAUGGGCUAGCAUGCCCCCCUCUAAGUGCGUGGUCAAGCUAAGCGUUAUCUUGAUGACAGCUAAAAUCAUUUUUUAAUUGAGGCCACCAGGUGAUGUUCUUUUCGCAAAUUCUUUGUAUGAUGUGACUCAAUAGCUAGUAAAUGCCCUUUUUGAUGAGACAUUGUUUUUUUUUUUUUUUUGUGAUUUUGAUCAGACAUUGUUUGGUGGUUUAGGAAUUACAUCAUUUGUGAUUCCGAUGUAUAAUAAAUUGACACAUUAUUUAUUUUUUCAA